AUGUGUCUCAGAAGUCAGGCUUCCCGCCCCGACGCCCGACGAGCCGCAUCUUGGAUGGGAAUGGCUCCGUCCGCUGUGAUCCCAUCUUCUCUGAACAAAAGUUCGACCUUGCACGUGGGGCAGGACGAACGCCCCAGAGCUGGGCCAUCCUCGGCCAUCCUCGGCCAUCCUCGUCCAGCCAGCCACAGAGACCCCGCGCCAGGCCCUGCUGCAGCCUUCCAGGCGCGAGGUCCACCGAUCCGCCUCGAUCCGCUGAUUAUGAGCGCGCCCUCGGACCCGGACGCGUACAGCUACGCGAAGUUCCUCGUUGACAUCUAUCCCGACGACGCCGUCGAGAUUUUGUGCAAGAGAGGAUCAUGCGAUAUUAUAGAACUAGUUCAGCAGCAAGUCGACCGCAACUGUAUUCGGCUCGGAGGAGGGUCCAGAAACAAAAUCAAGGGCCUGGUAGAGGAUCGUCGGUGGGAAGAGUUAAAGACUCUCAGAGGAUCUCCACCGCAAUCCGCGACGACGACACCUCGAAAUCACCGCCGUAGCGGUCAAGGGCCACCUACACCAAGUUCCACGGCAAGCGGAUCACCGCAGUCACAGCGGAAUCCGAGCGACGAUUGGAUUAUUGUAUAUGGCAUGGAGGAGCCAGUCUGGUUUAUGGCGAGCCCUAGCGGCUCCGAGGAAUAUCUGAUUGGGGAGGACAAACUCGAGCGAUUCCAGGGCCUGACAGUAAAGUGGACAACACCCCCGAAGAAAAUUACGCUUGGCGGCAAGAUAAUCGAUGUCUCUAAACACGUCCAUUUCACAUGGAAUCGACCUGGGGAUAAAGGAACAGCCUAUAAGCAAUUCUGGGUAGUUCGGUCAGAACUGAUACGCCACGGGGACGUUUUGUUAGGCUAUAGGAGGCAGCCAUCCAGGGGCGGACAGGAUAAAGCAAUAAUCACUGACGAGACAUUAGCACCUAUGAGCUCUCCGCUAUCACUUGAGCUUGCAAAAGUGCCACCCCCCGCACCAACGCCUCCACAGCUGGGGCUUUACCAGGCCUCAUCAGCUACUUCCAUACACAGUAUCCACGACAGCCCGAUACAAUCACAAAGCCGUAUCCCCCUUCGGGCAUCUGCGAGGACUGCUACUAUGAACUCUGGGCCACCAUCAUUCAACAACCCACCGCCGACCCAACCCGCCGCCUCGAUCAUGGAGCGGGAAUUAUCCCGUCCUGGGUCAGCAUCAUCCACCAGAACGACCAAGUCUUCCAAACUAGACACCGUGCUCGUUCAAUUAUCGUUCGAAGGCACAGGCAACCGACUCUUGCCUCUAGAUCUCACCAAGAACGGCGACGAAAUAAUCCCCUAUCUCGAGCCGCACAUCUUCAAGCUGAGCGGUGGUAAACAACUCGACCGUUCCAUCCACGAGAUAAAGAUUACUCCGCUGAAAGAAACUGAAUCCGAAGCGCCGAGCUCUUCUCUUGACGAAGAAGUGUUUGAGUAUAUCUGGGAUGGCAUGGUGGAGUUUAUGCGCGAGAAUAGAACGACCAAGAAGCCGGAAUUUCGACUCGAUAUUGGAUGA